AUCUUGACACAAAGGGAGAAGUGGCAUAAUUUCUUAGGGUUUAACAGUUGCUUAGCAAGAGUGAGAGUGCAUAAAUCUAAAGGGGACGAAAAAUGUUCAGACAGUCACUUAUCAUCUGCUGAAGAAUUAUAUUGGAGCACUUUCUCAACUCUACAGAAUCGUCCUGAUAAAUCAACCAGAAUGAAUUGGCAGCAAGUAGCUCCUGGAAUCAUCCUUUUACUAGUCAAGCUCACAGGGACAUCUCUAUUUUUUGUUUUUUUUCCACAGAUCUUUCCCAAGGGGAACAUCACUUCUACCUCUACAGAAAAUUCUUCAGUGUGGCUCCUUUUUCCUGAGCAGAUUCCUUCCCUCUCUCCCUUGCGUCCUACUACAGCCAGAAUUCCUCUGAAGCAACCAAGGUGGGAACGAUUCAGAGAGCAUGAUUACUUAUUUUCUGAAGAGAAAGCUACAUGGCUGAUCAGCCAAUUUGAUUGCGAAGAAUGGAAAUCAAAGCUUGUGAUCAUCAAUGACACAAAAGAACUGGAAUUUGUUAUUAACAAAACAGCAAUGGCUAAUUAUUUCAUUGGACUCACCUAUUCAGAAUCAACAAAAAAAUGGGAAUGGACUGAUCACAAAGAGCACAACAUGAACCUUAUCAGUUUUAGAAGGGAGUUUAAUUCUGGAACUCUUAACACAUCCAUAAAGUUGAGGAGGAUGACUAUUAAAUGAACACUGACUUACACAUGAAGUAGUGUGCGAUGAGAAGACUCUGAUUCAAUUCUUUGAAAGCUAAGCAACAUCUACUUGCCCAGAGACAACUUGUGGAGUGUGUACUUCCUUCUUGGCUUUAUUUUUGUGUGUGUAGAGGAGAACAAUUCAUUUUCAUUAUAAAGGGGCAUUAUCAUAUGGUGAACUUUUGAGGCAGCCAAAUCCAGUUAUUAUUUAAUUAACAUUAUUGGCCCAGAAUGAAUUGAAAUGUUGAUCACUGUGGUUUCAGAUGAGUUGAAGUUCUACAGGAACUUUUCUCCUUUUGAUCCUAUAAUGGUUUGCCAGUUCAUUUAACUCCAAAUAAUUUCUUACUGAACUUCUCCUAGAAAAAAAAUCAAGAAGAGCUCAAGAAUUCAGUUUGUCCUAGCUCCGACAGGCUGAAGGAGUUAAUUCUGUAUUCUGGAUACAAUAUUUUAAUUAAUUAGGAUUAAUUGCCAAUUUAAUUUUAAUCAGAGCUUUAUUUUCUUUUUGCAUUUAAUAAGC